CACAUAUUAACAAAUACAUGCAACAGAGAUAUCUUUAUCCCCAGACAUGAUAUGUUCCGUUUUCCAGAGCAUUCUCAAUCCUUCUCAGAAAGCGGUGGCCGCCUCGAUUCUAGACAAGAAACUGAGGAUUCACCACUCAUCUCACAGGAGCCUCAAGCGCUCUGUUGAAUUAGGAUGUUAUGUGUGCAAUCGGUUUUGGGCCAGCCUACGGCCUGCUGACCGUCGCCUGAUUACAACAUUUGCCAAUUCCGAGUCUGAUUUCGAAGACAAGACCGAUGUUUCAUCGAUCGGUGCGGCUGCCGAGCCCACGAAACCGUUCGUUACGGCAUUUCGUUUGGAAGACGGCCCGCCUUACGGCCAUCUUGGAUGGUACCAAUUGAAACUGGCUGUCAAUUUGAAUGCAAUGGCUGUUCCGGACACGGUACCUGGCAGAACAGGCUGGUGCGCGACCUUUUUGUUGCAGCCUCAAGAUGGUUCCUGCAAGAGAAACAUCGGCAAAGGCCUUUCGGGGAACACAAUGUCUGCCAAGACGUUUUCUCUCGCGAAGAACUGGAUUAAAGACUGUGUAGCAAACCACCAACAAUGUAACAAAGUUACUCCGGGAAAGCGUUGGUAUCCAACUCGCCUUCUUGAACUUGGGUCUCCCGACCGUCCAGGGCGACACUGGCGGCUGAUCGAGACAAAUCAUGUUGCGGUCGAGGGUCCAUACAUAACCCUGAGUCAUUGCUGGGGCUCUGCUGAAUGUAUGAAGUUGACGACUGAUAAUUACGCUAGUAUGCUCCUUGGGAUGCCCUCGACGCUUCUGCCUCAGCUCUACCAAGACGCGUUACAUGUGGCUUUCAAUUUAGGUAUUCGAUACCUAUGGAUUGAUUCCCUGUGCAUCAUCCAGACUGGGGAUGAGCUCGCCGAUUGGCGACACGAGGUAGCCCUUAUGAGCGAGGUCUAUUCGAAUUCGUUUUGCAAUAUCUCUGCUAUGGAUGCGCCGGAUUCUCACCAUUCCAUGUUCUGUUCCCGGGAUCCGAACUCACUGUGCCCGGAGAUUGUGCAUCUCGCUGUUAACAGUCAAGUUGCUCCGUACCUGAUUUCUCACACCACAUUUUGGGACAGCGAAGUUUCUCUCGCUCUGGUCAAUACUAGGGCAUGGGUACUUCAAGAACGACUACUAUCUCGUCGUAUAUUACACUUCGGCGAGCGCCAGCUCCUUUGGGAAUGUCAAAUGAAAGACGCUGCCGAGGUCUACCCAGAUGGCCUGCCCCCCGAAAUUUCGUCUUCUAGCUCCCGCUUCAAGUCCCUUUCUCCCGAUCGCUAUACUUCGGGAAACGAUAGCAACGUUGGAGGUCAUCUUAUGUGGCAGCGAAUUGUCGAGAAAUAUACGGCAUGCGCUAUUACAUACUCCAGUGAUAAACUCGUCGCUCUUUCUGCUAUAGCAAAGGCCCUGACGCCGGUUUUGCAAGAUGAGUAUGUCGCCGGUAUGUGGCGCCGCUAUCUGGCAUGCGAGCUGCUCUGGAACGCAAUUACGAAUCGGGAGUUGGGACUGGAAAUAUAUCGCGCUCCAAGUUGGUCCUGGGCGGCAGUGAAUGGAGCUGUUGACCCCGGCCGGCCAGAUAUUGAAGAUACGGACAUGCUCAUGAAGGUAGAAGCCCUAGAGCUAGACUAUUCAACAAAUGACAGGACUGGUCUGAUCCGAGGUGGGUGGUUACAGCUACGCGGAGUACUGAAGCCAAUACUGCUGUUGAAGCCUUGUUCCUCCGAGAUGUCUAAUGGCAGAGAUUGGGAAAUAAUCGUCAAUGGGACCCAUUUCAGUACUUUGAACGACUUCGAAGAGCAAGGGCUACAGGUUCAAGUCAUGCUCGAUGCUCCUCACAAUGACUUUGAGGAGCAAAACGCAAAGGCAGCCUUGUAUUGCAUGCCAGGCAGAGUACGGAGGGUCGAUAACGGGAGUAUAUACGUUCUGCUGUUGGAGAUACUCGAUCGGGCGAGGGGAAUCUUCCGUCGUAUAGGGCUUGCUCGUGGGUGGGUGGCAGACACUCAGGCGAGGAUUCUGGCUCGCAGCGUGGAGGAGAGCCAACUUCCAUGCGAGGAGUAUUUUAGCAGCAGGAAGGGACGGAAAACAACACCCAACUCAUUAACUUACCCUAGGGGAAAUGCACAGAGAGUCGUCGCACAGGCGUCUAGGCCGGUCAGCCCGAAGCUGCACCAGAUUACGCGUAUGAGGUCGGAUCAACCUGAGGCUUAUGUCUCCUGA